GCGUGCGGUAGUUACCUUGCUCUUGAGUUCUUGACAUUGGCUUAGUCAUGGGAUAAGACAAGUACCGAAUAGGUUCUGUUUUAAUCUGGAAGAGAUGUAGGUACGUGACUUGUACUAGCUAUAUAACCGUUACCGCGAGUAGAACCUUAUCUAGCAACAAUAAUUAUUAUUUUACUAUAUUGCCACCUAAAAUGCAGUUCGCAAAAAAAAUACCGAUAGUUUUCAUGUUAUUUACAUGUAUUUGUGUAACAUCAGCUGAUAAAGAAAAUUGCUUGGACGUUCGUGAUGAUGAAGUCUUCGAAGGCCAAGUGGACGCCCUAGUCCGGAGGGUGAGGAUGCCCCGAGCACAAGUGGGUCUCUGUGAAGAGUUGAAGCAAGACCUGCAGCGACACUUCAGGAGAUUAUGGCCAGAUUGCAAACUUGAGGUGUUUGGAUCGAUUCCUAAAGGUUUAGCGUUAGUCACCAGCGAUAUAGACUUAUACGUUCACAUCCCAGAUGUAAAGGACACACCAGGAAACUUAGUUCGAAUAGCGGCAGACAUUUUAAAAAUCGACGACUCAUACAAAAUCAUUGGAACUUUCCCUGACAAUGAAGUGCCCUUAUUGAAAUUACGUCAUGAACCCACUGGGCAACCCGUAGAUGUCGUAUUCAGCCACUUUAACCUCAAAACAGAAAAUGAAUUAAUUAAAUAUUUAUUUUACGCAGACCACAGAACAUUAAAAUUAAUGGUCGUUAUUAAACAUUGGACAAAUAUGCAUCAAAUAGCCGUUCCGCCUUUUAUGCCCGGUGUUUCAUGGAGCUUAAUGGUUAUAUUUUAUUUGCAGCAAAUUAACAUUUUCCCGCCAAUUAACGAACUGCAAAAAGAUACACCACCGGAAAUGUUGGAAAAUUGGAACGUCGCAUUUGAACAACAUUUUAAAUAUAUUUAUCCGUCUGAAAAUAAUGAUUCCCUUUAUAAACUAUUAGGAGGUUUUUUUUCAUAUUAUGCUGACUUUGAUUUUGAAAAUAAUAUGAUCUCUAUAUUUCUAGGGUCUCCUGUAAAGCGGGAACUGUUUAAGAAAAUCGAAACUGUUCCGGAUGUUUUUGAUUUAUAUAAGUAUAAUGUGAAAAAUAAUCUAAGUGAUCCAAUCAACAAUUUAGAUGCGCACUUUUGUAUUCAAAGACCGUUCAUGCACAAUUGUAAUAUCGCGAAAGAUGACGCAGAAUUAGCGAUUAAAAUCAAAAAACAUUUAAAAGAAGCUACAAAUAUAUAUAAGGUUACAACUAGGGAAGAGUUUUUGCCGACAUUACUUUCAAUUAAUUUAUGAUUAAAAAAUAAUAUGAUUAGGUGAAAUUAUUGUAAUUUUGGCGGUGUUAUUAUUUCUUGAAUGAUAGGUCAUUUCAGUAACUGUCGAUUGAAACCCCUAUACUAAGAUGUUAGUCCUGUUGCAAGAAGCACAAGAGAGAGUCACAUUUGAGUUAUAAGUGUAGCUAAGGGUGUCGCCGUCGACGGAUACCUCUGAGAGGACAUCGUCAUCAUCAUCACUAAGAUGUUAACUAGACUCUUCCUUCACUCGACUGGACCUCAACUGAGCAAUUUGGUAUUUUAAGUCGACAUUUACGCCCUCAACUUGAGGAUUUAAAUCACUGGAGUCGAGCAUGUCAUACUGCCAACAUAAUAAUACGAAAUUAAUGACGUCAUGCCUUACUGGAGCAAACUCGAGUUAAGGUUGAGGCUCCGUCUAAGAAUACCGAUUUUGAGCUGAGUUAGAGGAAGACCUGGAGGUCGCCUCAACUGAGGACAGUCUAGAAAGGUCACACAACAACACAUCUUAGAAUCAUCGGGUUUGAGUCGUAUUGUCUGUGAGGCUCUUGUUUGUAGCCAAGAUUUUAAAAAUAUACAGGGUGUUAGUGACAUCGUAACGAAUACUAAGGGGGAUGAUUCAGACCGUGAUUCUGAGUUAAUACCAAGUGGAAU